AUGGUGAAUAGUGCUCUCAUUUCACAACUUGAGCUGGAAAGCUCUUCCUUCCACGUCCCAGCGACCGUCGUGUCCGAAGAAUGCGCCAAUUCAUUCAACUUUGAGAAUCGCGCUCACUAUGACCUGACCCCUCCCAGCGAAGAAGCCGAGUUUGGCCAAGAUGUGUGCCCUGUCACGGAUCCAAUCUCCGCAUCAGCUCAACCUCUAGUCGCCGUCAUUGGUGUCGGCUACGUUGGCCAGCAUCUCGUCGAGGUCUUUUCCAGGGCAUACGAUGUUCUUGGAUACGACAUUUCCGAGUCCCGGGUGGACGAGCUCAAGAAGACCGUGAAGACGAACGGCAGAGUAAGAUUCUCAGCUUCACCAUCCGAGAUGGGCCAGGCCACGCAUUUUCUUAUAUCAGUGCCGACGCUGCUCCUGCCCGACAAGCGGAUCGACUCAUCUUUCCUUCGCAGUGCCCUAGCCACAGUCGCCAGGGCCGCGAGGCCAGGGUCAACGGUCGUCAUCGAGAGCUCCGUCGCCGUCGGCAUGACCCGUGAAUAUCUCGGGCCGCUCGCCCGGAGCAAGGGGCUCUUUGCCGGCAUGUCGCCCGAGCGGGUCGAUCCCGGCCGGAUAGAGCCUCCUGCACACGCGAUACCCAAGAUCAUCUCCGGCCUGGACGACGAGGCACCUGGCUCCCUGGCCGCCGUGCACAAGCUCUACUCAAAGGUCUUUGACGAGGUGACUCCCGUGUCGAGCCCGGAGGUGGCCGAGAUGACGAAGCUAUACGAGAACUGCCAGCGCAUGGUGUGCAUAGCGUAUGUCAACGAGAUGGCGGAUGCCUGCGUUUCGCACGGCAUCGACCCGUUCGAGGUGUGCAAAGCGGCGGCGACCAAGCCCUUUGGCUACAUUCCCUUUGUGCCCGGGCUUGGAGUAGGGGGUCACUGCAUCCCCGUCAAUCCCUACUACCUGCUGUCCAACAACAGCUUUCCCAUUCUCCAAGCGGCAUCUGAAAAGAUGACACGCCGGCCGAGGGAAAUCGCAGAGCGAGUCGUGACGAGGUUGUGCAAGCGGAUUCCCCUUUGCCGGCCGCGAGUCUUGGUGGUUGGGAUGGGUUUCAAGCCCGGACAAGCUCAUCUGAUAAACUCCCCGGGGUUAGAGUUGGCAAAAAGCUUGGUCUUGACGAACAAGCUUGAGGUUAGUUGGGCCGAUCCGCUUGUGUCCCAGGAUUGCAUCCCUCAGAUUCGCAGGUUCGAUGACAGAGACUGGUCCGUUGCGUCGUUAGAGGUGUGCUUUGAGUUGGUGAUAGUGGCAUUCAGACAGACUGGUUUGGACUUUGACCUGCUGGGGGAGCUGCGAAAUGCCGAAGUUGACAUGUGGUGUCUCUGA